GCGCUGUGGCUCGUCUUCGACCGAAUUCUCGGUUGCGCAUCGUACCUGGGUGAGCGGUGAGCAUAGGGCAUACUGAUGCAUAUGGUCGGGGCAAGGUACACCCCGAGGCGGGAAUCGACGCGAUUGUGGCAUGGUCAGGGCCUUGUCGUGCGUCGGCGUCUUUCAUGCUUUUCCCUGAUCAUUUGGGUCGCGUUACUGACUUUCUCGUGACUUCAGGGCAUGCGAUUUAGUACACACGCUAGGGGAAACUCGCUCGGAGAGGGCGCGCAUGGGCAUACCGAUCAAGAUCAGGUCAGGAUGGACGCCCAUGACAGCGGCGUCGAGGGCAUCAUCGGAGGAAGGGGAAUUCCGCCAUAUAUCACGAGGUGUGCAGAUCCUGCAUCUAUCGACUAACAUGAGUGGUAGGCCAAGUAUCACCCGUCUUGAGAGGUCAACGGCGGUUCCGCGUGCUGCCAAUGCCGUAGGUCCAACACCAGCUUGUCGAACCAAUCUCGUUCGCCCUUCCCCCUAUUCGCCCACUCCCUAUUCCUCGUGGAAUCGUACUACAUCGUCACUUCGCAACCAUGUCUUAGACAUUCAGCUCAAUGCUGACGACCAGCUCUGCCCCCCGAGAAGCCCGAGGCCCUCGUCCGAGGAACCCGAGCGCUUUUCCGCGGAUCUGAACACUAACCCUAUUCGAGGAUAGACUUUGCUUCCGCAUCGGGUAACCAAGGCGGUAGAUCCGCGUCAUCGAAGGCCACCGAGACGCUCGAUACGGCCACGAAGGCAAGACAUGGGUGGUGCUC